AUGACUACAUUAACAGUAAGAGAAGCUGUAUACUACUCAGCUCAACUCCAACUUCCUGAUUCCAUGUCAAAAUACGAGAAGAAGGAGAGAGCUGAUGCAACAAUUAGAGAGAUGGGAUUGCAAGACGCCAUGGACACAAGAAUUGGAGGGUGGAGUGUGAAAGGACUUAGCGGUGGACAAAAGAGAAGAGUUAGCAUUUGCAUUGAAAUCUUGACGCGCCCAAAGCUUCUCUUCCUAGAUGAGCCUACUAGUGGCCUUGACAGUGCAGCGUCUUACCAUGUCAUGAACCGAAUUAUCAGACUUGCCCAACAAGACAGAAGGACAAUCAUUGCAUCUAUCCAUCAACCGAGUAGUGAAGUUUUUGAGCUUUUCCAGAAUCUUUGCCUUCUCUCCUCUGGUAGAACCGUCUAUUUUGGCUCCACUUCAGCAGCAAAUGAGUUUUUUGUUUUGAAUGGCUUCCCAUGUCCAGAUAUGAGAAACCCAUCUGAUCACUACCUUAGAACUGUCAACAAAGACUUCGAUACUGCCUAUGUGACACAAGAUGAUACUCUAAUGACUACAUUAACAGUAAGAGAAGCUGUAUACUACUCAGCUCAACUCCAACUUCCUGAUUCCAUGUCAAAAUACGAGAAGAAGGAGAGAGCUGAUGCAACAAUUAGAGAGAUGGGAUUGCAAGACGCCAUGGACACAAGAAUUGGAGGGUGGAGUGUGAAAGGACUUAGCGGUGGACAAAAGAGAAGAGUUAGCAUUUGCAUUGAAAUCUUGACGCGCCCAAAGCUUCUCUUCCUAGAUGAGCCUACUAGUGGCCUUGACAGUGCAGCGUCUUACCAUGUCAUGAACCGAAUUAUCAGACUUGCCCAACAAGACAGAAGGACAAUCAUUGCAUCUAUCCAUCAACCGAGUAGUGAAGUUUUUGAGCUUUUCCAGAAUCUUUGCCUUCUCUCCUCUGGUAGAACCGUCUAUUUUGGCUCCACUUCAGCAGCAAAUGAGUUUUUUGUUUUGAAUGGCUUCCCAUGUCCAGCUAUGAGAAACCCAUCUGAUCACUACCUUAGAACUGUCAACAAAGACUUCGAUGCUGAUAUUGAACAAGGACUUGGUGGAAAAAUAAGCGCUACUGAAGCAAUUAACAUUUUUGUCAAGUCGUAUAAAUCAUCAGAGGCAUGCCAACAAGUUCAACAGUAUGUAUCUGAGAUAUGUCAACAGAAUGGAGGAACACUGAACAAGAAGGGAAGCCAAGCGGGCUUCAUUACUCAAUGCCUUGUUCUCACGCAAAGAUCUUUUGUGAACAUGUAUCGUGAUCUAGGCUAUUACUGGCUUCGCCUUGCAAUAUACAUUGCAUUGUGCUUAUGCGUAGGGACUAUCUUCUAUGACAUUGGUUUUACUUUUGGCUCAAUUCAGGCUAGAGGUUCGAUGCUCAUGUUUGUUGCGGCGUUCUUGACAUUUAUGGCCAUCGGUGGAUUCCCCUCAUUUGUGGAGGACAUGAAGAUUUUCAGCAGAGAAAGAUUAAAUGGGCACUAUGGUGUGGCUGCAUUUGUUGUUGGGAACACAUUUUCUUCCAUUCCUUACUUGCUAAUAAUCUCUUUAAUACCCGGGGCAAUAGCUUACUACCUCGUCGGCCUUCAAAAGGGGAUCGACCAUUUUGUUUUCUUUGCUCUGCUGCUCUUUUCGUGCAUGAUGUUGGUUGAGAGCCUGAUGAUGAUCGUUGCAAGCGUGGUGCCCGAUUUUCUCAUGGGCAUCAUAACAGGUGCUGGAAUUCAAGGUGUGAUGAUGCUAAAUGGCGGUUUUUUUCGCUUGCCCGAUGACCUUCCUAAACCAUUUUGGAGGUAUCCAAUGUACUACAUUGCCUUCCACAAGUAUGCAAAUCAAGGGUUCUACAAGAAUGAAUUUGAAGGAUUGACAUUUCCGAAGGAACACGAGGGAGGACCACCUACUAUUACUGGUGAUGAGAUUUUGAGGAAUGUUUGGCAAGUGGAAUUGGGUUACUCUAAGUGGGUUGAUGUUGCUAUACUAUUCGGAAUGGUGGUUCUGUAUAGGCUUAUGUUUUGGGGAAUUAUCAAGUUCACUGAGAAAGUUAAUCCUAUUAUCAGAGGUCUUACUGCUGUUCCUCCUCAGCAAUCAAUUCCCAUAAAAGAUCCCUCUUCGACCCUUCUACAUGAAGCAAGAAUUUAG